AUCUUGAGCAAAGGAUUGUUAGAGAUCUGAAAAUUGCUACCAUUGAGAGUGCAUUACACUUUUAUUUAUUAGUAUAGAGGGCAUUAAAAUUAUUAUUAUUUGUAUUCGUCUCGAUGUGCCUGAAAUAACAAUAUACUGCCCUAUCAUCUUUUCAUUCUGUCAUUAUCCCCGCGUUUACUCUUUCGUUUUAUUGGCAGUGUACGUAUAAAGAUUUCCAUUCACAACCCAUAUUCGUAUUUGUGCAUAUUAUGUAGCGUAUGUCUGCAAGUGCGUCAUAGUUUCAGUGACGGCUGCUGCGCUGCACAGACCACGUGAAAACACCGCGGCAGGGAGAGAACACAUCGACGAGCUGCAUUACCCUUGACCACACACCACGACAACUAUGGACAGCCAAACGAAAGUAGUCUGUGGCGUGACCAUGAAGAGGCUGCCUCGCCUUGAGGUCCCACUAACACCCUCCAUACCAUACUUCGUAGCUGUGGGCCCAAACAACUGCGUCAUGCCUGAGCAUUUCCAGGACUGGUACCCGUCCUACGCCUCCCUCGCUGUCCGCCCUGAUGACGUCUGGGUUUUCUCCUUUGCUAAAGCAGGAACCACGUGGACUCAGGAGCUUGUGUGGUGCCUGAUGCAUGGCUGUGACUCGCCUGAGGGCAAGCAGGAACUCAUGCGGCGCUUUCCUUUCUUGGAGUUUGAUUGCCUCAUGCCUCGUGACAUAGAGCUGCCACCUGAAGUGAGUCAAGAUGACCCAAAGCGUCCAGGCAACUCCUACAAGAGAGUGCUUGAGGUGCCUUCUCCCAGACCCAUCAAGUCACAUCUGCCCAAGGAGUUAGUUCCCUCUCAGCUCUGGCAGGUCAAACCAAAGGUCGUGUACGUCUGCCGUGAUCCUCGGGAUGUUUGUGUUUCCUUCUACUUCCACCAUAUCAAGCUGGAGGGCUACGCUGGAACCUUUGACCACUUUGUUGAUAAUUUCCUUAAUGACAAUGUCUUGUAUUCACCCUUUUGGCCGCAUGUCCUCAAGUUCUGGGAGAUGAGGAAUGAGAAGCACAUCCUCUUCCUGCGAUAUGAAGACAUGAAAAAGGACCUGGCGGGAGCCGUGCGGCAGGUGGCAGCCUUCCUGGAGAUUGAGGUGGACGAUGCAAAAGUUGCAGAAGUGGCACACCAUUGCUCUUUUGACCAAAUGAAGACUAAUCCCGCUGCUAACAAUGAGUCUUUAAUGGUGGAUGCCGUCUCUGAAAAUAAAGACAUAAAGUUUAUGAGGAAAGGACAGGUGGGUGACUGGAAGAACCACUUGUCAGAAAAGCAGCAGAAGGCCUUCAAGGAGUGGACUGAUCGUUACCUGAAGGGCUCAGACUUCCCCUUUUACCGUGAUUGAACCAUGAGUAAGAAGUCAGCCAGGUAAGCGUUACGAUGGCGUUAAGGGUAGUGGCAGUGUUUCUUGUUGAUGUAAGGUGACGUCAGUUUGCCGCAAGUAAGAACAAGCAAACAUGCUAAUUAAUACUUGUUACCAUAUGUUUUACACCAAAGCAUUUUUUUUUUUCUCUUUAAAGAUGAAAAAUGGCACUUUUUAGUAUUAUUUCCUACCAUUUUGUUUUGAGGAAUGCAUAGUGUAGUGUAGAACAAAUAUUUCAGUGACCUUGCUUUAAUUGUCAGCUAAAAUAUAUGAUCAUUUAUUAGCAUUACCAUAAUCUUAUGUGAUGUACUUUAUCCAAUACAAAAUGUGUAAUGUAUUUCUAUGCAUAGUGUGUGAUAAGCAUUUUGUGAAAUAUUUUCAGUGAAGAUUACUAUUUUAGUUCUUGUUACUGUAGUAGUGUAAUGAACAAUGUAAAAGUUGGGUUCUAUUAUUCUUUACUGUUUCCCUUCUGUGACUUUUCUGUAGAAGCUGGUGCUCAAUAGAUGGCCUUCAACUCU